GGCACAACCUUAGGGGUAGUCAUACAAAUUAUUUAAUCGUUCACUGGCGGUACCCCCCAUUUUAUUCGUUAUCACACUCCUAUUCUCUUUCCCUCCAGCAUAGUCGACUUGCGCGAUAUAUACCUUCAGGUCAAUACCUUGCACAACUUCCAAAGUUCGCACCCCUUGGUGCGUACCGCCACUUUGGUUGAAUUGGCCUAACCCUCAUUCGCUUUUUUUUGUUUCGCAAAUGAAUCAAUUCGACGCGCAUGAUCCAGAAGAUAAUAGAAGAAGUUUCGAGACAAAGCGCCUAGGGGAUUCAUCGGCCAUUAAUCAUUGGACCUCGUUCCUCUUUAAACUCUAAAAGUUCAUUACAACCCGGCCAUCUUUUGAUCAUGGCAACAGUGGCUUCCACGUCGGUAAUGAACGACCAUGACCCCGAGAAGGAGCCUAGGUCAGACCAUAGCCCUUCCCGAUUUACUGCGGUGAAUGGGAAAGAGACCUUGAUUAGCGCGGGAUCUGCGCCCACGCCAGCUGCCAAUGGUUCCUCAGGCAAUGAGGAGCACCUCGAAUCAUCCGAUACCUUGAUACGAAAUGGUUUCGAUACACAUUCUCGCCUCGACGAACAAAUACAAGGAAACAGAAUCUCUGGGAGCAGUAAGACCUCAAAUGAGCAAGACAAUCGACACUCACAGCGGUCAUCCGGGAGCGAAUCGCCAGUCCUCACAAGCAAACGGAAGAGGUCAGAAUCCAGGGAACAAGAAGAGACGCAUAAUGCGCCUCGAAAGGCUCCUAAAAGCCCGGCCAUACGGCUGGAUGAUUCAAUAGACUCUCUACCUCAGGCAGCUACGUCGAGUGACGCUAGUAUGUCCCAUGUGGAAAGUGAUGUCAACAAGUCCUCAGAAAAUGGGGGUGGCACGUCAAGCACACCAUGGCACGAAUAUGAUUCUCAUCUAGUACAUCAGGCUCAGCGUGCACAACAAUUUGACGCUUCUGAUGCUCAAUUGGCAGAGGCACUCCAGCGCGAGGCCAAUGACAAUGAUCCAACUCAAAAAGAUUGGGAUAGUAAUUGUCCAGCAGAGGGACCUGCGCAAAGCGAGCAGCCAUCGUCGUUAACUGCUAUUCCUCAGGAACGGCCACAGGCAGCAGUGCAAGUUGCACCGAAGAGGAAACGCGUCUUUAGCAACCGAACUAAAACUGGCUGCAUGACUUGCCGAAGGAGGAAAAAAAAGUGUGACGAACAGCACCCUGCUUGCAAUAACUGUAUCAGGGGAGGAUUUCUCUGUGAGGGCUAUUCGUCUCGAAGCACUUGGCAAAAGCCUUCAAAUUCAAAGACACCGGUUCCUCUGCAAUCAAAGGAUGGCUAUCUGGAUGUCAAUACCCCCCCAUACGUGCACGAUAUAAGCCAACAGCAUGACCGGCAACAAACCUCGUCAGAACAACUUGACCCCGGGAAAAUAAGGCCCAUUGUUGUUAAUGAAAGCGACCGCACAACUACUCAAUUCAAUACAAGCCCCACGGGAACUGGCUCAGGUCGCGGGCCUUGGACAAAACGCACCUGGGGAAGCACAAGCCACCCCGCCUAUAUGUCGGAUCACGUUGCAAAAUCUGAUUAUCGCGAAGUUCCCCCGAUUCAUGAGUUAUCUCGGGAAACCCAUCAAAAGUCUGAUUUCCCAAUCGUUCCUUCAAUUAGGGAGCUUCCUCACGGAAGCCAUUCUAAGUCCGGGGGCGUGCCGCUUUUCCAGGGCGGAUUAGACCAACGUUCAGCACAUUCUGGUAAUAUGGACACCAAUAGCCCACGGGCUCAGGCCCGAAUGGCUCUCAACAUUGAGCAUCAGUUAUCUACUCGUACGGUAUCUGCUGAGGACACCGAAAAGGACAAGAUGAUACGUGGUGACCUCUACCGACCUUACGAUGUCCAUCUUGUGGAAGAGAGAGAUCGCUGUAAAACUGCCCUAUGGCGUUUUAACAAUGCCUGCAACCCUAUAUCCGGAUUAAGCACAAAGGAGCAAAGUCGGCUACUGAAGGAGGUGCUUGUUCCUCCGGGCUCGGUUACCAGUCCCCCUCCCAGUGUAGCCUCGUCUCGUUCCACGGGGUCGUUGGGACAAGGCGCUAUCGUCGAAGCACCUUUCUAUUGCCAUUACGGCUACAACGUGCAUAUUGGUGAGGAUGUCAUGAUAUCAGAAAACUGCUUGUUUGUCGACGAUAGCCCCAUCACCAUCGGAGCCCAUACAUGGAUUGGGCCCAGGGUUACCAUACUCACAUCAAUGGCUCAUGCAAAUAUGCAAGAACGCAAAGGCUCUCAAAGUCGAUAUCAAGGCCGUCCUGUUACGAUUGAGGAAGAUUGCUAUGUUGGCGCUGGCUGUACGAUUUACCCGGGUGUUCGGCUACGACGGGGGGCAUAUGUUGCUCCUGGAGAGGUGGUGAAGUCUGACAUCGUAGCCUACGGUUUUCAAGGUCUAAAACCAAGUUACAUGUGAUGUACUUAAAUUUUUGGGCGGUAUUUACGGGUCCGCUUCUGGUUGUAAAGAUGCAACCAUUGUUUAUUCUCCUAUCUCAUCGACCUUCAGCUUUUCUUAGCACAAGGCAUGCGGUAUUCCGUACUUCACAAAAUCCCAGUGCUCUUGUGUCAUGCCUUCCGGUGGGUUUCGUGGCGAAACCGGAUAAAGUAGCUCGGUAACUACCCAGAUAAGAGGGGCAGUGAUUCCUAUCACUUUGAGGUGUGGGUGAACAACGGGAGGCACUUAUUCGCCGAA